AUGACAGCAACCCAUCGCCGCCCUCGGGUGGCCCUCACAAUGGGCGACCCCGCCGGCGUCGGCCCCGAGCUGGCGGCCAAGCUCCUCGCCAACCGGCAGAACCUCGAGAAGGCAGACAUCCUCGUGCUGGCCGACAAGUCCGAGGUCGCCGCUGCCGCCCGCGCCGCCGGCGGCGCGGCACUCGCCAUCGCGGAGACGGCCGGGCCGACCGGGGCGCAGAUCCUGGAUGACGGGAACACGGCCGAACUCCCGGCCAUCGAGCUGGGCAAGGUGUCGGCGGAUGCGGGGGCGCGCGCUAUGCAUCAGCUGCGGAGGGCGCUGGACCUGGCGAGGAAGGGAGAGGUCGAUGCCAUUGUGUUUACGCCGCUCAACAAGACGUCGUUGAAGAUGGCGGGCAUGAAGGAGGAGGAUGAGCUGCGCUGGUUUGCAAAUAACUUGCAGUACGAGGGGACGACGAGCGAGAUCAAUGUCAUUGAUGGCCUGUGGACGGCGAGGGUGACGAGCCAUGUCGGAAUCGAGAAGGUGGCUGGCCUGAUCACGAAAGAGACUACGCGGGAUGCCAUUGUCUUGCUGCAUCGCCUCUUAUGGGAAUCAGGUAUCGAGCAUCCUCGUCUGGCUGUCUGCGCAUUGAAUCCUCACAACGGAGAAACUGGGCUCUUUGGACGGCAGGAGAUCGACCACAUCAUGCCCGGUAUCGAAGCCGCUAGGGACCUCGGUCUGGGCAUCAACGUGGAAGGGACUUUCCCUUCUGAUACCAUUUUCCUCAAGCGGUCUCAGUUCGACGGCAUUGUCACCAUGUAUCACGACCAGGGCCAGAUCGCCAUGAAGCUCAUAGGAUUCGACUCGGGCGUGACCGUGCAGGGCGGCCUUCCCGUCGUGAUCGCGACGCCGGCCCACGGCACGGCUUUCGAUAUUGUUGGAAAGGGUAUAGCGAAUGUCGGGGCGAGCCAGAAUGCUUUUGAUAUUGCCGUUACCAUGGCGAGGAGAAGAAUGGCGGCGGCUGCGGCGCGAUCGAGUUGA